UCUAUCGAAAGCGGAGUUUUACGGGCGGAACAAAAGCCUCUGCGGCAGGAAGACCCGUAAGCACAGUUAGGGUUUGGAAUAUUUUUCCUUGGGGGACUCUUGAAGAAAUCUUGGUGAAAUCAUGGAUGCUGAUGAUGACUUGGACCUGUUGGCUUCCCUCCUGGAAGAGAGUGAAGCAACUGAGGAGAGGAAUCCUCCUGGGGAGGAAGAUACCCCCGAGGAUGAGGGGGGAGAGCCAGAUGAAUACGAUGAGCUGUUUGAUGCAGAAGAUGAUGCGUCCUACACCGAGGAGGUCAGUGCCGAGGACAGCACGAUUGAUGAGCAGAAGGAGAACCUGGCUGCGCUGUUUGGAGAUGUAGAUGACCUGCUGGAAGAGGAGGAGGCAGAGGAAGCUGUCCCCAGUUCAGCUCCCAGUCAGGCAAAGGAGAAAACCAAUGAAGAACUGCAAGCUGAGCUGAGAAAAUUGCAAGAACAGAUGAAGACGUUACAGGAGCAGUUGCAGAAGACUGCAAUUGGGCAGCAAUCCAGUUCAGGCCCUGAGAAGAAAACCCCUGGUAAAUCUCCCUGUCUACCCUUAAAGGAAAGGAAAGUUCAGAAGGUGCAAGAAUCACCAUGUUUCUCGGCCCAGCUGGGCAAUCCUUUGCCACCAGCCAAGCGAGGACUCCAGAAAUCAAAACCAUCCUCAGCAGAGAACAAGGCUCCUCCUCCACGGCAAGUCCUCAGCAUGGCGUUCCAGCCUCUCCAGUCUGCCACGGGGAACACACCCAGUAAGGUGGUCAGAGAGAAGACUUCCCAUGUGCCUGCAUGCUCCAGUGCAACAACUCAGCCAGUGUCUGUGGAAACCUUCUCAGGACUGAGAUUAAGAAAACCCCGGGUGUCCUCGGCUGAAAUGAACAGGAAGAUGACCAACAGGAAGCUCAUCCGACUGUCCCAGCUGAAGAGCAAACUUGCUGCAGAAAAUCUGGAGGAAAUAGACUGGGUAACUUUUGGAGUCAUAGUGAAGAAGGUCACACCUCAGAGUGCAAAUAAUGGCAGAACCUUCAGUAUCUGGCGGCUGAACGACCUGCGGGAUCUCAAUGAGUGCGUCUCGCUCUUCCUGUUCGGUGAAGUCCACAAGGAGCACUGGAAGACAGACCAGGGCACAGUCAUUGGGCUGCUCAAUGCCAACCCUAUGAAACCUAAAGAAGGCUCAGACGAGGUGUGUUUGUCUGUGGAUCAUCCCCAGAAGAUCCUGCUCAUGGGGGAAGCUCUGGACAUGGGCACCUGCAAAGCCAGGAAGAAGAACGGUGAUCCUUGUGCCCAGAUUGUGAACCUGAAUGACUGUGAAUAUUGUCAGUACCACAUACAAUCCCAGUACAAGAAGAUCAGCUCGAAGCGGGCGGAUCUGCAGUCCACCUUCUCUGGCGGCCGCAUUCCCAGAAGAGUCGGUCGGAAAAAUCCCACUUUGAAGGAGAAGUUGUGUCAGGACGGGUUUUACUACGGGGGAGUCUCUUCAGCAGCAUAUGCAGCCUCAGUUGCAGCAGCUGCGGUGCCAAAAAGGAAGAUUCAAACCACUCUCUCCAACCUGGUCGUGAGGGGAGCUGAUGCAAUUGUCCAGGAAACCAAGCAGAAAAUUGGUGCAGCAAAGAGACCCAUGCAAUGUUCUGAGGAGUUCAAGGAACUGCUGGCACAGCCCACUUUUGGAGCACGAAACCUCUGCAAACACUGGACCAAAGCAGAUGCUGAAAGGAAGCAAGGGACCGAUUUCCAGUCAAUCUCUGCUUCAGCACUGCUCAAGCAACAGAAACAGAAAUUGCUGGAGGCCAGAAAAAAGCGAUCUGAAGAGAUUCAGAGGCGGUUUCUCCAGAGCACAAGUAAAGCCAGCAGUGCUGCUGUCCCGUCCUCCUCCAGACAGACCUCCCUCCAUUCCCCAGUGGCUGGGGCAGAGUUUCCCAAAGAUGCGAAAAUGUCCACUCCUCAAAGGCCCAGGCUGGGCACUGGCUUCUCGGAAGGAGAAGAUAUCCUCUUCUUUGACAGGUCUCCACCUCCUCCAAGACCAAAGCUGGACAGCUUGGCUGAAGCCAAAAAGCUGGCUGCAAUCCACCGACUGCGAGCAAAAGGACAGAUUCUUCCUAAAACAGACCCAAACAGUGUCAAGAGGAAACGGGCUGAUGCUGGUGAUGUCCUAGAAAUUGUUGAAAGAGUUGAGAAAAAUGUUGCUCAGCCACAAGGUGCAGAAGCAGAGAAUGAUGUGGAUGAGCUGGAGCCUGCCCAAAAGAAACGGCGUGAGCAGCUGGCCUAUCUGGAGUCAGAAGAGUUCCAGAAAAUCCUGAGUGCCAAGUCCAAGUACACAGAUGUCCUAAAAGAGGUUGAGGCUGAUCUGCAGGAGCAAUACUUUCAGCCACUGGUGAAGAAGGAAGAGCUGGAAGAGAAGAUGAGGAACAUCAAAGCAGUGAAAUGUCGAGUUGUGACGUGUAAAACGUGUAAUUACACCUAUUUCAAGCCUCUGGAGACGUGUGUGCAGGAAAAGCACGACUACCACUGGCAUGAUGCCAUCAAGCGAUUUUUCAAAUGUCCUUGUGGAAGCAGAGCUAUCUCCCUUGACAGGCUCCCAAAAAAGCACUGCAGUACCUGUGGCCUCUACAAGUGGGAGCGAGAUGGGAUGUUAAAGGAGAAAAAAGGUCCGAAGAUCGGUGGAGAAACACUUUUACCAAGAGGAGAGGAACAACCGAAAUUUCUCAAUAGUCUUAAGUGACCUGGAGUUGAUUUUUUUUCACAACCUGAGGAUGGAUUUCCUGUGCCUGAAACACACAUUUAUACUGCACUGCCAACAGGAUUCAGGUUUUAGGGAUGUAUGAGUGGGGGAAUCAGUUCUUGAUGAAAAGGCCACU